AAACAAAUCGAACUUUGAUCGAAAAUUUUUUGUUGUUCAAAUCUUUCGCAACUCGCACGAAAAAAUGAGCGGAGAUAAUGUCUGCGAUACGUAAAGUCUUGUCAAAUCCAAUUGUGGCUCGUAUCUUGCUGCGGAAACAAAUGGAGAAGCUAGAAAAAUGCGUCGCUCACAAAUUAAAAGUGAAUUUAAAUUUCGUGUCGAGUAAAAAACCCCUAAAAACAGUCGAUUUACCAUUUAAUGGAGGAACUCUCAUCGGUUUUGAGGAAAAAUUGCCUUUACAUGGUACUUACGUUGCUUUUCAAGGUAUCCCAUAUGCCGAACCACCAAUUGGCCCGAGACGCUUCGCACCUCCCGUGCCAAUGAAUUACUGCAAUAAAACCUUGAAUUGCACAAAAGAGGGAGAAAUGUCAUUACAGCCAGAUAUGUUCACAAAAGAGCCCAUUGGAGCCGAAUCUUGCUUGUUUUUAAACGUUUACACGCCGAGUAUGGUGAAAAAUUCAAAAUUACCUGUGAUGGUUUACAUCCAUGGAGGCGGCUUCAUCUUCGGCAGUGGAAACGUGUCGGACCAUUCGCCGGAAUAUCUCGUGCAGGAAGGAGUUGUUGUCGUUACUUUCAACUAUCGCUUGAACGUUUUGGGAUUUUUGCAUCUCCCGAGCGGCGGAAUUGUCGGAAAUCAAGCGUUUCGUGAUCAACGUCUUGCAUUAAAAUGGGUUUCGGAAAAUAUUGAGAAAUUUGGCGGAGAUUCAAGGAAUAUAACACUUUUUGGGCAUUCAGCUGGUGCUGCGGCAGCUCAUUUGCACAUGAUGCUGCCCGAAAGUAAAAAAUAUUUUCAUAAAGCGAUUUUACAGAGUGGCUCCUCGACAAUGGACUGGUUUAUGCAAUUCGAUCCAGAAAAUAAUGCACGUCGCAUGGCUCGGAUUAUGGGAUGUCGAAGCAAAGAUGAUCGAGAAAUCGCUAAAUUUUUGAAGGAAGCGAACGCGAAAAUAAUGGCGACGAGAUUUUCGGAAGUUUUGACGCCACAGAGGAAAAAACGGGGACUGCCCUUGGUUUUUUCGACAGUUUUGGAGGAUAAAAAUAGCGAAAAUCCAUUUUUGACGGAAACGGUGGACCAUAAAUUGGAGCGCCCGGAACAAAUUGACAUGCCAUUGAUGAUGGGAGUCACGGAACACGAUGGAAUGGUUAUGGCACCGCCACAAAUGAAGCGGCAGGACCUUUGGAAUUCACAACCGGGACGAUUUAUUCCACGCACAGUCAAUGUCGAUGGCGAUUCAGACACGGGCGAAUGUAAAAUCCUUGGAGAUCGCAUCAAAAAUUUCUAUUUACAAGGAAAACCUUUGUCCGAGAAGACUUUUGAUGAAUUUAUGGACUUUAUGUCUGAUUACAACUUUAAUAUUCCCAUUCAGUCUGCCGUGGAAUUUCAUUCGCGCUUUCAACACAAGUCGUCAAACGUGUAUUAUUACCAAUUUUCGUACGAUGGCGAGCUGAAUAUGAUGAAAAAGUUACUUGGAUUCGACAUGAAGGGCGCGAAUCAUGGCGAUGAGCUUACUUACCUGUUCGUGAUGAAGAUGGCAGAGAUAAAAGUGGCGCCAGAUAGCGAAGCGGGAAUUAUGCGUCGGAAAAUGUGUCGAAUGUGGACCAAUUUUGCGAAAUAUUCCGAUCCAACGCCGAAAAAUGAAGGAAAAUGUGACUUAUUGAGGGAUUUUAAAUGGGAACCAGUGAAAUCGCACAUCGGGAAAGAUAAUGAAGAGUUUACGUUAGAUUGUUUGGAUAUUAAUAAAGAGCUGCGGAUGAUCAAAAAUCCGUUUAAGAAACGAAUGGACUUCUGGAGAGAAGUUUACGGAAAGUACAAUAGAGGGUUUUUGAAACCAAAGCUUUAAAAUUCAUGACACUGCCAAUAUUUAUUUAUUUUUAAUAAAAAAAAUU